AAAAAAGUAUAAAAAUACAAACAUUUAGCAAUAAUUUCUUUUUAUUUCUCAUUCAUCUUUUUAUUACAUUUUGAUAAUGUCUCAUAUUACCUCUCGUAUUAUUCUUUGUAUUGCUAUUGUUUUAGUUGCAUGUACAUAUAUUGCAUCCACUGCUCCUAUUAGUAAUGCUGAAUUGGAAGCUGGUUCUUCCCCUUCAGCUUAUAUUAAAAUGCUUCGAAAGUAUCAUGAGGAGGAGGAUGAAGAACCUACAAGCACUACUACUAUUAUUACUGCUACCACUACUACUACUGCUACUGGUUCUGCUUCUGCUUCUGCGUCUGCGUCUGCGUCUGCUUCUGCUUCUGCCACUACUACUACUACUACUACUGCCACUACUACUACUUCUCACAAACAUCGCAAGCAUCAUCAUAAGUCUAAAACAACAACUGCAACAACUACAACAACUACAACAACUACAACACCAGAAGCAACUAUCACAGCUAAAAUUAAGAAGAGUUCUUCUUCCUCUUCUAGCUCAGGUAAAACUUAUACCGGUGAUGGUACUUUCUAUAAUGCUGGACUCGGAUCUUGUGGCUGGACCAACACAGAUAGUGAUAUGAUUGUUGCCUUAAAUCAUGUUCAAAUGGCUAAUGGUGCUAAUUCUAACCAUAAUCCUAACUGUGGUAAGCAUAUUCAAGUAACUGGACCUAAGGGAUCUGUUACUGUUAAGAUUGUCGAUACCUGCCCUGGUUGUUCUAGUGGUUCCGUUGAUUUAUCUCCUGCUGCUUUUGAAAAGAUUGCUGAUCUUGAUCAAGGAAGAGUAACUGUUCAUUGGAAAUUUGUUUAAAUAUAUACAUAUAUUCUGCAUUUUGGUUUUUCUCUGGUUAGAAAAAAAAAAUAGAAAUUCAUUCUAUGUCAUAUUUACUUCUUUUUGAUAAAGAAAAAAAAAUAAAUAGCUUUAUGAAACUGGUUUUUCAUAACAUAAUAAAACAUUUCAUACGAAUUUGAUCAACUCUA